AUGCUCCCCGUACGAUCCCGCCGCUAUCGAGCGUCGACGUCGGCCUCUACACUCCAAACCUCCAAAGCCACCGAAGUGCUUCAGGCUCUCCUUGAACGGUUGACAGGGAUAGCAGCUUCCUCGCCGGGAGGGCCAUAUCCAAAGAUUCAGGAAUUGGCGGACCAGAUUCGGCAGAUUCACCAGCACCUCGCCGCUGCACCCCCGCCCUCCCCACCACAAGACGACUUCCGCCAUCUUUGUGGUUUCCAAACUCUACUCGACGUUCUAAGGUCAUUUUCCGGCUACUACAAUCCGAACAAGCGCGACGAGACAGAACGGAAGGCAAUAUUCGACUUGUUACACGUGGUGCUGGCAACACUCUCUACCGCCUUCCGAGGCCACCCCGGCAAUAAAGGGAUACUUCCGGGACAGAGUGGAAGGCGGUGGAAGGGCCACCGGGGAACAGAUAAUAGCCAGCAUUGCGUUCUCACCGAGGCCGAGAGGGCAAAGGCACUGCCCUUGUGCAGGUCCUUGAUGCAGCUAGGCGUCGACCAGCUCGCGGAUGCCCAAUUCUUGCUGAAUCGCCGGGACCCUGCCACUUCUGAAUUUUGUCUGGAUAUGACGGAAAAAUACGCCGGUCCUCCUUUUAUCCAGUUUGACCUCUCCUUGCAUGGCCAUUCGUCCGUUGAGCUCCCCAAUCUUGGGAGGUCCUUCCCUCCCCAAGCAGCCCCUGGAUACACCUUCACUGGCUGGAUCCGGGUCGACAAGUUCGACCCAAAGUCUCAUACCACACUCUUCGGCGUCUUCGAUUCUACUCAGACUUGUUUUCUUCUCGCCUACCUUGAAAAGGACACCAAGAACUUCAUCCUGCAAACAUCAGUCACAUCCUCGCGUCCUAGUGUGAGGUUCAAAUCGGUCGUGUUUCAGGAACACCAGUGGUACCACAUCGCCCUCGUUCAUCGUAGGCCCAAGACCAUGGUCGCGAGCAAGGCAAGCCUUUACGUCAAUGGGGAGUUUGCUGAGCAGAUCCGCGCCGCAUACCCGAACCCUCCCCCGCCGUCUAAUGCAAGUACCGAAAGCUUCGUCUCCUUCUCUUCGAACAACAGCAAGACAAACCCUGUACAGGGGUUUCUAGGCACUCCACGUGGGCUCGCAGCCCAGCUCGGCCCUGGGCUUGUGAAGUCUCGAUGGUCGCUGGCCUCGGCGCACUUAUUCGAGGACGUCCUAAGUGACGACCUGCUUGCUGUUUAUUAUCGACUUGGUGUGAGGUACCAGGGUAACUUUCAGGACUGUCUUGGUGCUUUUCAGACCUAUGAGGCCUCAGCUGCCCUUGGGCUCCGUAACGAGGUGUUCCAUCCGGGCAAAGAUGACAAUUCGGAUAUCUUGAAAGCCAUCAGAGAUAAAGCGAGCACCAUCGUACCGGAGCACAGAGUACUGUUGAGCCAUUUCCCGCGAGCCGUUUUCCCAGCGGAUGGAAAAUUCAUGGACUCUCUACUCUUCCGCUCACUCUCGAGGAACUCAGCGAGUAGUGUGUUCCAUGCCACUGUGAAGAGCGGGGCGGCCGUUGCGAUCAAUGGCGCUGUUCCCUGCGUCAAUGAUGCCCUGGUUAAGCUGAACGGCACCUCGCUUCUCACGGGCGACCCGGUUGUCGCCACUCCCUACUAUUUUGACGACAACCUCUGGCGACUGGGAGGAUUUACUCCCGUAGCUCUCAAGCUCGUGGAGCGGUCGUCUUCCUCCGACGAGUUGCUCCGAUCCGUUGAGCUCAUGUUCCAUUGCAUUAGCAAUAGCUGGAGGAACAGCGAGGCUAUGGAGAGAGACAAGGGCUAUACCAUCCUCAGCAUGCUGCUCCGUGCCAAACUCGGAUAUGGCGUACCGGGCUCUGAUACACAAUCACAAACCUGGCGGCUCUCGUUGACUAAUGAGGCCAGGGACCGUCUUGGCUUCCAGCUCCUCAGUUUGAUAUUGCAUUUCAUCGGGUACAAGCAUGCCGACCCGAUCGAGUCAUUCAUCAUCAACCCGCUCGCCUAUCGUGUCCUCCUCAUCGACCCGGACACGUGGAGAAGGUCUUCGUCCCUGGCCCAGGAACUGUACUACAAACAGUUUGUGACUUUUGCCGUAAAGAGCAAGCACCAUCAGUUUAACAGCCGCAGACUACUCCGAAUGCGGAUCAUCAAGAGGCUUCUGGAUGCGUUGAAAGCCGAACCCAUAUCCGAACACGUCAUGCCCCAUUUUAUGGCUUCUUUCGAGAGCCUCGUGAAGUGCAAUUACAAUGCCGAAGUCCACCGCUCCAUUGCCCUCUUCAUCACAUACGCCUUCCACACACCCCCUGGCUCCUUGCCGCGCACUCCAAAGCCAGCGUCUGCCAACAGUCGUUCUGCUACUCCUGGUCUUACCGCGCUGCGCAGGCCUACGGCGGAAAACAUCCCCCUGGCCUCUUCUACAGGCUCAAGGAUGCUCGGCAAGAAAGAGCUGGGCGUCAGCAUCUUGGAGAUGUACACUCGGCUCCUGUGUGAGAAGACCAACUCGGCCGACAUUCAGAAGUUUGCCAAGACUGUCACUAAUAAGGUGAUAUUUACAACCGGCCCGAAGAACAAGAAAAAAGAAUACGUGCUGACGUCCGGGCAGUGGCUGCUCUAUCUGCUCGCAGAAAACGAUCCGGAAAUUGUCGUCCUCGGCUGCAAAAUUCUUGCCCGCCUGCUUGUCACGCAACCGUCCGGCUAUACGGCGAAGUUUGCCAGUAAAACUGGCGGCUUCUGGAUCAUGGCUUACCGUCUGAAGCAGUGGUGGGACAUCUCAACGCUCUGGCCGAUCCUUUUCAGCAUCCUUUUCGGAUACGAUGUGGCCAAGAUCAACUUUGACAAGUCGUUUGAUUUCUUUAGCCUGUUGGAAAUCUUCGGCAGCAGCCAGGUCGUGUUUCCGGAUCUGCUGCCUGUCAUAACAUCCAUGCUGCAACACGGGCUUCGCGACGUCCUCAGAUACCAGGACGACCCAGACUCCCCCGCCGGGGACCUCAGUACAACGAGGGGCUCCCAGGAGAACCUCGAUAUUGUCCGGACAAGGCCCAGGGCGCGGUCUAUGGAACUAGGCAAAGCGCUCGAACCGAGAAAAACACAGUUGACCGACAAGGAGAGGGUGGCGGCGCACGCUGCAGUCCUUCAGACCGUUGUUCGGUUCUUGGCAGACAUGCACACCCGUUCGGCCAACUUCAGGGAAUUCGCUUUAUCCUCUGACUACGUUCGGCACCUCUUUGCAGCACUGUAUCCGAUCAUCGUUAGUUCCGAUCCGGUCACCGCUGAAAUAGAACUUAACUCCAAAGACGCGCUCAAUUUCGAGGGCGGCGAUGUCAUCAUCAAGCCGGUUCCUGGCUCUUCAUCCACUGCAAUUCCGAUUAUUAGGACGGCUACCUCCGCGCCGGUUGAUAUCCAGCCACCAUCCCCAAGCCCCGGCCGAGGCACCCCUUUGCGGCGGCCGUCGUCCUUCAUCCUGGUGACCUCACAGUCCCCGCCUGCUGCCCCUGUCCCCGCCCCCGCCCGUUUGAACCACGUCAUGUCUCCCAAGAAGCGGCCCACCACGAGGAACACUAGCAAUGCCGUCCUUGAGGGCGUCUUGGAACUCAUAGUCGGCGUGUUUGCUGAUCAAGUUAUGGUCAAGAAAGAGUUCCCAGGAUUCGGCCUCCUUGUCAAGGUCCCGCCAGGGUUCCAAGAGCACCGAGCAUACUUCGAGACCUACAUUCUGCGGAACGUUAUUACUCACCUAAAAAACACCAUCCAGUUGGAUCAGAAGACUCUCACGGAGCCCAAAAUCUUGCAAAACCUGGCGCGUCUGAACCUUCACGUGGCUGAGGCCGUGUUUGAAGGGUCCUUCAUGAACGGGGCCGAAACGAUGAUUGAGUUCACGGGAACCGUACUUGAGUAUUUACAGAGACCUGAUGUUUCGUCGCUGAAGAGUGUCCGCUUGUGCAGUACGGCAGUAGCGACCAUUCGGUCCUCGUUCCUCAAGUUCACACUGCUUAGGCUAUCAGACAUGGACGACCCCGAAACUAAGGAUUCGGAGGCGCUCUCAACCAUGGAGCAGCUGCUUUAUUGGCAAACGGUGCUACUUGGUUGUCUAUCAAUGGAUGACGACUACAUGAAGCUCGUGUGGUACCAACUCUACAACAAACUGGUCGACCCGAGGCACCAAAUUCGGCGCGUUGCCGCAACUCUGUGGCGGAUCAUGCUUGUUCAGAAACCCCAGGAAUCGACUGCAAUAUUCCAGCAAACUAUGACGCCGGAUCAACGGUCGUUGGCCAGGGGCUUUGAGAGACUCACCGAACUGGACGACAUGGCCUUUCUCGAUUGGGUCGACCAACAUCGUCCAUCACUUGAUAUUCUCUUCUUUGGUGGCAUGUCAAAGUCCUGGGAGGACUUCGUCGGGUUGGAGAAUCAACGGACGGCGGAUAUGGCCAGGAUCAGGGUGAAGAGCCGGAAGGACAAGCUGAGGCAUUGGCACACCGAGUCUCUGGAGCGAGAUAACAUAUUACUCCGCCACGAGAUGGCAAACAGCGCGUGGAUGAAGAGCAUUUAUUUCACGGAGCACUUCAAGCACCAGAGGCUCCUGCAGGACCUGCAGGACGACAAUGCUUUCCUAGCCUCGACCUUUGCCAAAAUGGAGCGCGACCUAUGUCGUCCAGGGGCAGUGUUCAGCGAACCGCAGAUCAUCAAAUGGAAGUUGGACAGGACGGAAGGGAGGAACCGUAUGCGCCUCCGUCUUCUCCCCCAAUAUCCCGACCCGGAACAGCAGGACUUUCAGCCCAAGAAGAACAACGGUCCUACAGGAAGUUCAAAACCCAACGUUCUUACUGGCAACGCUGCGGCGGCACAAGGGACUCGACCAACCUCGCCGGCUCCUCCCGCCCCCGUAGAGGCCGGGAGUGAUAGUAAGUCAGAUGAGCCUGACAUUUCUGCCGAGCCCGAACCUAUUUCCGAAGCUGCGGACCAACAAAGCGUGGCGCCGGAGGAUGAUUUUGAGUUGGUGGAUGACCCAAAUGAGCCCGAGGGCGACGAUACCUUUGAAGAUAAGAACCGCAAGGUGAUGCGGCGACUCCAGCAGGGCGAUGCUGUCCAGAACGUCUUCAAUAUCUCGCGCAUCAUUGGUCUCGACGCUUCUGAGGGUAUUCUAAUUAUUGGAAAGGAAGCGCUUUACAUUAUGGACAACCUCUUUCAAAGCGCAGAUGGAGAAAUCGUCAACGUCUGGCAAGCCCCAUCUGACGAACGGGACCCGUUCUCCAUCAUCAUUACCGGGGGCAACCCCAGCGAGAGGCGCCAGAACCAGGGCCGCAUAGACCAGGAGUCGCGCAGCUGGAAAUGGCAGGACGUUCUCAGCAUAUCAAAGCGGCGGUUCCUGUUCCGUGAUGUGGCCAUUGAGAUUUUCUUCACCGACGGACGCAGUUACUUGCUCACUGCCAUUAACCCAACCAUGCGGGAUGAGAUCUACUCCAGGCUGACGAGCAUGACGCCGCAUACCAACAACCCCAGUCUGCUGCCCAACCCGGAAGACCUUUGGCGACUUGAGAGCCUUCGGUUUACUGAGGAGGCCCCGCAGACGCUUGGGGCGAAGUUUGGCAGCAUUUUCAACUCUUCGGCGUGGAACCCGAUGAUGAGACGGUGGCAGAGGGGCGAGAUGUCCAAUUUCCACUACCUGAUGCUGGUCAAUACCAUGGCUGGUAGGACGUUCAACGAUCUGACCCAAUACCCUGUUUUCCCUUGGGUGCUUGCGGACUACACCAGCGAAGAACUCGACCUCAACAACCCAGCCUCGUUCAGGGACCUGUCGAAGCCAAUGGGUGCGCAGUCGCCGACCCGUGCGGGCGAUUUUGGGAUGCGAUAUAGGAGUCUUGCUGAGAUUGGCGAGACGCCCUUCCACUACGGGACCCACUACUCGUCCGCGAUGAUCGUCUCGUCGUACCUUAUCCGCCUUCCACCGUUUGUGCAGUCGUUCAUCCUGCUACAGGGAGGCACUUUUGACCACCCUGACCGACUCUUCUUCUCCAUUGAAGGCGCCUGGGCUUCGUCUUCAAAAGACAAUGGCUCGGAUGUUCGCGAGCUGAUUCCCGAGUUCUUCUACCUCCCGGAUUUCCUGACCAAUAUCAAUGGCUAUAACUUCGGUGUCCGGCAAGGAGGUGGUGGCAAGGUCGACAAUGUCGUUCUCCCGCCGUGGGCCAAGGGCGACCCCAAGAUCUUCAUCGCGAAGAACCGGGAGGCUCUGGAGAGCCCCUAUGUCAGCCAGCGGCUGCAUCAGUGGAUCGAUCUCGUCUUUGGCUUCAAACAGCGCGGGGAGAUUGCCGUGGAAAGCUUGAACGUCUUCCACCCGCUAUCGUACAAGGGCGCCAGAGACCUCGAUAACAUCACUGACCCCCAGGAGCGGCUCAUCACAACGGGCAUCAUCCACAACUUUGGGCAGACGCCGCACCAAAUCUUCACGAAGCCCCACCCGGCGAGAGAGCACGACCGAUGUCCGAUUAAGCGGCUGGACACUUCGAUCGCGGCGCUAACGAGGGUGUCUUAUCCACUGCUAGAGAGCCGUGAGCGCGUUGCGUCGCUUAUCUACGUGCCCAAGCUCGAUCGCCUUCUGUGCGCAUCGCCGUUCCGCCUCAACCUUCCGCCACAUUACGACAAGUUUCUGGAAUGGGGCUACACAGACAACAGUGUGCGCUUCUUCCUCAGCGAUAAUAGAAAGCCCGCUGGUCUCUUUGAAAAUCUCCACAUCGGCCAAAUCUCGACUCUCAUCUUUGCCGACUCCAAGACUCUGAUCACAGCUGGCGAAGACUGCGUAGUAUCCAUCUACAUGGUCCAGUCCUCCCCAAGCAAGCCCACGGUCGAACUGCAGCUGCGGUCCUCGCUCUUCGGGCACAAGACGCCCGUGACGCACAUGGCCGUGUCCAAGGCCUUCAGCACGAUCCUCACCGUCUCCCAGGACGGCGUGGCCUUCCUCUGGGACCUCAACCGGCUCGAGUUCAUCCGCCGGCUGCCGCUCGCGCGGCCCGUCGAGUGCGCCCGCAUCAACGACGUCACGGGCGACGUCAUGCUCUGCUCCGGCCAGCACGUCCUGCUCUACACCCUCAACGGCGAGCUCAUCCUCGACCAGAACGUCUGCGCCGGCACGCACGAGCCCGCCGUCGAGGACUUUGUCCACGCCUGCGCCUUCUACCAGGGCUCCGCGCAGGGCGCCGGCAACGAGUGGCUCGAGAACCAGCUCGUCUUUACGGGCCAUAAGCGCGGCGUCGUGAAUGUCUGGCGCAAGACGGUCGGGGCGCGCACGGGCCGGUGGAUGCUCGAGUUCGUGCGGCGGCUGGACCAUGUUAAUCUGAAGAGUGAGACGGGGGCGAACGUCGAGGCGGCGAUUACGUGCGUGGCGCCGUUGGCGGGGCUGGUGUACACGGGCGAUGAUGAUGGGCGAGUGAGCCGUGGAAGACAUUUUUACAUGAUUAGGAGUCUGGGUUGCUGGUCUGCCCCCUUCCGCCGUUCGGCCGUGUACACAUCUAUCCCCUUGCUAGUGUCGAUACUGCCAUCGUCUCCCAAAUUGCCGCUCGCCGAUCAGAUAUACCCAAGGCAAGGCGCCUCUCAUUCCGUCUCAUCGCCAUACCCCGUCAAUUUCUUCCUCGGCCCGGUAGGAACUGUCCCAGUCGGCAGGGGAUUCCAGAUCUCCUUCGAGAACCCCAAGAGCGAGUCCCUGGCUCUGUUCCACCUCGGCGAACGGAGUUAUGACCAUGUCAUCCUCUUCCCGACUAAGGCAAAGGGCCUCGGCCCCAACCUGACCCCGAACAUCCUCGUCGACUUCAUGAACGCGAACGGCAACAUCCUCGUGACCCUCAGUUCUGGCGUCACCGUCCCUAGCUCGCUCGUCUCCCUGCUCUCCGAACUCGAUAUCCAGCUCCCCACCGACCGCACCGGCCUGGUCGUGGACCACUUCAACUACGAUACCGCGAGCGCAACCGACAAGCACGACGUUCUCGUCCUCGCGCCGCCCAGCCCCAUCCGCCCAGACGUGAAGGACUUCUUUGGCGUGGGUGCCGGCAAGAACGAGGCCCUCGCCUUCCCGCGCGGCGUGGGCGCCGCCCUCGGCGCGAGCGAGCUCCUCACCCCGAUCCUCCGCGCCCCGCGCACCGCCUACAGCUACAACCCCAAGGAGCAGACCGAGGUGGCGGACGACCUCUUCGCAGCCGGUGAACAGCUGGCGCUCGUCUCCGCCUUCCAGGCGCGCAACUCGGCCCGCCUCGCGCUCGUCGGCUCGGCCGAGAUGCUGCAGGACAAGUGGUUCGACGCCGAGGUCAGCCAGGCGGACAGCAAGAAGGCCGCCAAGACUUUCAACCGCGAGUUCGCCAAGCGCCACCACCUCGAAGAGGCGGGCGCGACCAACGAGUCCAACCCCACCAUCUACGGCAUCAAAAACGAUGUCAAAUACACCAUCUCCCUCUCCGAAUACGCCUGGACGACCUGGACCCCAUUCACCACCCCCGCCACCGACGCGCUCCAGCUCGAGUUCUCCAUGCUCUCGCCCUUCCACCGGCUGGGGCUGAAGCCCGACACUAACAACGGUGCGUCGGACGCCGCCGUAUACAGCGUGAAGUUCAAGCUGCCGGACCAGCACGGCAUCUUCAACUUCAAGAUCAACCACAAGCGGCCCUUCCUGUCCAACGUCGAGGAGAAGAACACGGUGUCGGUGCGCCACAUGGCCCACGACGAGUGGCCGCGCAGCUUCGUCAUCACGGGCGCCUGGCCGUGGAUUGCGGGUGUUGGCGUCACUGUGGCCGGGUGGGUGGGUUUCUGCGCCUUGUGGAUGUACAGCGCGCCCGUGGGUGGUAAGGGGGGCGUGAAGAAGACGCAGUGA